AUGACGCACCUAUCAAUCACGAGGCAACGAACUCGGAAUACCACAGCGCGGUCGGACGAACUCGACGUGGCUACCACGUCGCGCGAAGGAACAGAUAAACUACUCCGUGCACGCCACUCAGACGCAAGACAGUAUGGGAACGAAUCGAUCGCACGCAUACUGGCAACAUUGGCUAAUGCUUGCGUUAUUGGCGAGCCUAUGCGGAAUCGUUCAAUCAAAUACGAACAUAGAAAACGCACAGGGCAUAGUACGCUGCACAAAAGGAGGGAUCAUUAUUCAAAUGUUUGCGCAAAUGAUUACUGCUUAGAGAUUGACCAUCCAGAGCAGUCCGUGAACGUGCAGUUUCCUGCCGAAAUUAUUUUACAUUCUUAUCAUGUGGUAGUCAAAACUUUAUUAGGCAAUUCAACUCAAGCGUUUCACUGGGCAUGCUCUCCCAGCCCAUUCUGCGAGCAAAUUUCGUGUACAUUUUGUGCGCUAAUGAUCACCAUCCAGAAUGCUGACCACGGAAUGGCGGACCAAGAGCCGGCUCAUGAAAACAUGGACGAUGAGGAACAAGAAGAGGUUCCUGUUGAACCCGCCAGCAACGAAGCCAACGCGAACGACGAUUCUCAACAACACAAUGGAGCCCCACCAGUUCAAGAUCAAGCUCUACAGGUCCAACUUCAACACGAGCCGCGCGUUAACCGCGACGCAGAAGAGGUGUCGUUAAUUCAUAGGAAAGUCAAUCGACUUCUAGGACGUUCUGAAGACAUCCAACCCAUUAGAAAUAGGCUCGGCAGUGCGUUCAAAACGACACGUGCGAGCAAAAAGAUCAAAACAAGCACAACAUCAAAUUCAAAACUUGAAAAAAACGCUCGACGUGAAGAGGAGUUACUCCAUGUGGUUGAUCAACGCACGAUCACAAUGAAAACGGUCAUGGAACGAACCUUGAAUGCUUUGGAGCAGGUGUAUAACCAGCACGAGCAAGUCCUUCAAGAACUACAGGAGCAGAAGAACCUACUUCGUGAAUUAGCAGCAGCACCGCGGCCACCACCAUACCGCGAGCAUUCACCCCAACCAGGCCCAAGCAGCCAGCAGGAAGGGCAGGAUUUACGUUGCGCAUUUUGCGAUGGCAACCAUCACUCUAGUGAUUGUUCUCGCUUUCGCACCCUCACCGACCGUAGGCGCAAGCUUAUCGAUCGCAACGCUGCGAGCGUUGUCUGCUUAGGGCUAACCAUAUGGCCACGUCCUGUAAGAAACCAAGUUUUUAUUAUUAUUGCGGGACAUCGGGAAGGGCGGAACAGCCGCAACCAUAUGUGCGUUCGCCCGUAUCGAUUUCACAAU